AUGUACAAAGUGCAUAAGAAAGUAACAAACUGCAGAUUGGCGCUACUGAAGUGGAAAAAUAACUUCCAAGGAAAUGCUAGGAAGCGGAUUGACAAUCUGAAAAAGUUACUGGAGGAGCUCAAAGUUUGUGACUGUGAUGACAAAAAAGCAAGGAACAGGGAUCUUAGAAGACAAUUAAAGGAGGCUUACGAUGAAGAGGAACUUUUCUGGAGUCAAAAAUCAAGAAGGCUACAAAGGGAGGACACCACAUGGACUACAUCGAAAGAGGAAAUUGGAGAAGAAGUUGUGAAUCAAUUUAAGGAGCUAUUCGGAAGUAAGGGAGUGACUCAAACUGAUAUGACUUUGGAGGGAAUAUCACAGACAAUAUCAGACCACAUGAAUUCUGAACUAACCCAACCAGUCAAGGACAAAGAAAUUAAAGCUGCAGUUUUCUCCAUGAACCCAACCAAAGCCCCUGGUCUUGAUGGCAUGAAACCACUGUUCUUUCAGAAAUUUUGGCACAUUGUUAAAAAUGACAUCAUAAAAGCCAUUAAAAGCUUCUUUCAUUCGAGUCAUAUGUUGAAAGCUAUGAAUCACACAAACAUAUCCCUUAUUCCCAAGGUUGAGAACCCCACUGAGGCUGCUUUUGUUCCUGGAAGGCAGAUUUUGGAUAACGUGAUCAUAUCUCAUGAGUACUUGCAUUACCUCAAAAACAAAAGAGAAGGAUCUCAUGAUUUUAUGACCUUAAAACUAGAUAUGUCGAAAGCUUACGAUAGGGUUGAGUGGGGUUAUCUUAAGGAAAUCAUGGUAAAACUGGGAUUUUGUGCUAGAUGGAUCACUUGGAUUAUGGAGUGCAUCACAACAGCUUUUUUUUCCUUCAACAUAAAUGGAGAGCCUAAAGGAUAUGUCAUACCUUCAAGAGGAAUUAGACAAGGCGACCCUUUGUCACCUUACCUAUUUCUCUUAGUCUCACAAGGCUUUUCACACUUGCUGGAUCGAGCACAAAGGAACAAAAAGCUAACUGGGAUGAGGAUCAGUAGGAGUGGCCCGUCAAUAACUCAUCUAUUCUUCGCAGAUGACUCGUUAAUCUUUUGCAAAGCAGACAAGAGACAAGCUGAAGAAGUGAGGAGAAUUUUGAAGAUUUAUGAACAUGGCUCACGACAGGUGAUCAACAUGGAAAAAUUCUCAGUGUUCUUUAGUAGAAAUGUGGAACAAAAUGAUCAAAGAGAAAUCUGCAGUUGCUUGGAACAUAUAAAAGUGGUGAAGCAAGGGAAGUAUUUAGGGCUGCCAAUGGUCAUCACUAAUACCAAUGACCAAAUUUUUGGGUUCAUUAGAGAAAAAUGCAACAAAACGAUCUUCAACUGGUCCAACAAACAGUUAAGUCAAGCAGGAAAGGAGGUGUUGCUGAAAGCAGUAACCAUGGCAAUGCCAACUUACGCAAUGUCAUGUUUUAAGCUUCCAGUAAAGUUAUGCAAAGACAUCAAUGCCAUGAUGGCAAGAUUCUGGUGGGGGGAGGAUAAUGGGAAGAGGAAAAUGCAUUGGUGUUCAUGGAAAAAGCUGUCCACUGCAAAGAAUAAUGGAGGACUAGGAUUUAAAGACCUCCAAGGCUUUAAUAAAGCCUUGCUAGGCAAACAGAUUUGGAGGAUUCUCACGUGCCCCAACCUAUUGCUUAGUAAAGUGCUGAAAGCCAAGUACUACCCCAACACAUCACCACUAGUUUGUGAACGUGGAGUUAGGAAAAGAAUUGGAAAUGGGAAGAGCACCAACAUUUGGGAAGAUGCUUGGCUACUGGAUGGGAAGGAAGGAAAGGUAGAAGCCCCAAAACCCCUGGGAUGCAAGAUCACAAAAGUUAGCGAGCUGAUCUCCAACUUCAGAUGGAAAGCACCACUCAUCUUCCGGACCUUUAGCCCACAUGAAGCUAGGAAUAUACUCAAAACGUCUAUAAGUGUGACAAGUAGACCUGAUCGCUACUUCUGGAGUCAUAGCACAAAUGGAAAAUACACGGUCAGAUCUGCUUAUGAAGCUUUCACAAAGAAGGAUAGGCAGCCUAAUGCACAAGUGAGCAGAUUGGGAGAAACAAGUUGGACAGGGGGGAGCAACAAAAUCUGGAAACAGCUAUGGAAAAUGAGAAUAACACACAAGUACAAGUUGUUUUUAUGGAAGAGUCUACAUCAAGUGUUACCCAUACGAGAAGCUAUAUUUAGGAGAACGGGAAAGGGAGAACUAAUCUAUAAGCAGUGUGGAGAAACCAAUGAGACAGUUGAGCACAUUUUCUUCCAAUGUAACAAAGCAAAGUUGAUAUGGAAUAUGGCUCCUUUACAGUGGGAUGGGCUUCAUGAGUACACAAGUGAUUUCAGGAAGUGGUGGAGUAGGUUAAUGGAAGUAAAGGUGCGAAAGGAUGGAAUGCAACACAUUUGUUUAACAGUGGACAUUCUUUGGCACAUUUGGAAAUCUAGGAAUGAAGCAGAAUUCGAAAGCAAAGAUAGGCAUCCAAUGGAAGUUGUUCGAAAUGCAGUGAACGAUUGGGAGGAGUAUCAUCAAUGCCUACAGGUACAGCAACGUAUGAGCAUCUCCAAAACAGAAUUAGCAAACGACCCGGGGGAACUAGACCGAAACAUCCUGAGCAUUCAUGUAAAUGUAGGGCAACACAAGGAAGGACAUAAUAUGGGAAUUGGCAUCACAGCAACAAAUGCAAAUAACCAGAUUGGUGCUGCGUGGAUACUCAGGGAAAGAAGUACUGGAUCAGCUGUUUUGGACAAUUUGGUGGCUAUACAAUUGGCACUUUGUAAGCUAAAGGAACGCGGCUGGCAACACAUACAGGUUCAGACAUCAUGUAACCAGACUUUAAAGUUGAUAAACUGUCAAGCCCCAACCAACAUCUGUAUAGCAGGCCAUCUUGAAUGCAUCAAUGAUCUAAGCUUAAUGUUUAGGACAUGCUCAUUUGUUAGCCAGCCUAGUAAUGGUAGUACUAAUACACUCAGUUAUAAACUGAGUAAGCAAGCAAUGCACAUCUAUUUUGAUGAGGAGUUCUUUGAUCCUCAGUGUCUUAGUACACUUUUGUAA